AUGUGUUCGUACGUGGCAGCAGAUUAUAUGGAAGAUUUGGUUGACUGUUUUGAGAGUUUUAUACAGAAAUCCCUACUGGCGAUUAUAAUAGCACUCGCUGUGAUUGUUGCCAGUGUUAUGUAUCUAUUAAAAAUACUCUCUGAACGUACUCUGGAGAACUCGCCUUCACUUAGUCUCCCCAUACAACAUGAAAGUAGAAGCAGUAGAGGCCCACGGGCUACCACUAAUACGGCGAGCCGGGAGAGUCGAAAAACGAAAAAGAGUUACAUUCAAAAUGACACCAAACAAAUUGCGAUGGCGCAUAGUGUACCGAGUUAUGAUAACAGUGAAUUAAACAUGGUUGGACUGUCUUGCUGUGCUAAACCGUGUUGUAAAUCAAAAACGAAGGUCGAUGAGGAGUGGAAAGUAAUACAGAGAUUCAGUAUAUUAUCUAAUACCAAAUACGGUUCCAGUCCGAUCAUUAAACAAGAAAUGGAAUAUGAAAUGAGGCCAUCCAGAGCCACAAUACCACCAAUGCUAAAAGAAAUUAAGAAGGAAAAGUCAACCAGUACUAUCACCUCUAAACCUUUUAUCUUAGUCACAUUAUCGCUCGUCCUAUUUUUCACCUUCCUGCUACCGGAUUUCUCUGAACGAAUCGACAGAAGUGCUGAAUUAAAGGAAAUGAAGAAAGUUUUGGAUAAGAUCACGAAUACGAUGACCGAUAUCGGUACAGCGUACGAUACUUUACACAAAGAUGUAAAACAAAUUGUGAAACACAAACCCUGCAAAAGCUGUUGCCAUAGUCCAGCUCACACUCUUGACAGAAGAAAACAACAUGACAUAAACGUUGUGACUAUGAUAGAGAAGAAAAAAGCCUCUAUGGUCUGUAAAGAAGUGCAGACUCGACAAAAUACAGCCUUUAACAAGCACUGCCUAACUACGAAUGCCUCAACAAUAACUAGAUAUCCCCUAAGAUCAACCGGUGUAGGCAUUGAAACUAGAAAAUAUUAUGCAUAUAAGGACGAUUGCACUUGCAAAGACAUAAGACGAACAAUUAAAGUUUAA